UAGCCCUAGGCUCCGCAGCCCUUUCCCAGUUCCCUGAGCCAGUCGGCAAGACAGACCACAGAGGGUCACUCUCCACUCAACAGCCGGUCGCCUCCUUCCCAUCGCCAGCCUUCCAUCCACCCAUCUACCUCCUGUCUGCUCCUGCCCAGGAAAGGCCUGAAGGAAGAGGCCAGAGACCCGCCCUGCCCUCUCUCCCCAGCCCCUCCGUGCAUCUGGAGCCCCCAUGGCCUGGGCUCCCUGGGGCUGCUGCCUCUGGCUGGUACUCCUGUGCGCCACUGCCUGGAGCCACUCAGAUGCAGCGAACCUUGAAAGGACCGACGUGAGAAACUGUUCCAGCAGCCCUCCGUUCCUUCCAGUUACUGCAGUCAAUACUACGGCACGGAUAGCAGCCCUGCGCCAGCAGAUAAAGGCCCAGAACCUCUCUGCCUACAUCAUUCCAGAUACGGAUGCUCACAUGAGCGAGUACAUUGGCAGCCAAGACGACAGGCGUGCAUGGAUCACAGGCUUCACAGGGACUGCAGGAACUGCUGUGGUGACCAUGGACAAAGCAGCUCUCUGGACAGACAGUCGCUACUGGACUCAGGCGGAACGGCAGAUGGACUGCAACUGGGAACUCCACAGGACAGGUGCCAUUGCCAGCUGGAUUCUUGCGGAGAUUCCUGCAGGAGGACGUGUGGGCUUCGACCCCUUCCUCUUCUCCAUCAACUCCUGGCAGAGUUAUGAUGUGGCCCUGCAAGACUCCAACAUAGAACUGGUGUCCAUUACAGCCAACCUGGUGGAUCUGGUGUGGGGCUCAGAGAGGCCCCUGCUGCCCAGUCAACCCGUCUAUGCCCUGCAGAAGGAUUUCACAGGAAGCACUUGGCAGGAUAAAGUAGCUGACAUUCGAAACCAGAUGCAGCAGCACAGCAAAGCUCCCACUGCUGUCCUUCUGUCCUCGCUCGAUGAGACAGCCUGGCUCUUCAACCUUCGCAGCAGCGACAUCCCCUAUAACCCCUUCUUCUAUUCCUACACGCUGCUCACAAACAACUCCAUCAGACUAUUUGCAAACAAGAGCCGCUUUAGCCCUGAGACCCUGCAGUACCUGAACUCCAGCUGCACAGGCGCCAUGUGUGUGCAAUUUGAGGAUUACGACCAAGUCCGUGACAGCAUCCAAGCCUAUGCCCAAGGGGAUGUGCGGAUCUGGAUUGGGACUAGCUAUACCACGUAUGGGCUCUACGAAGUGAUACCCGAGGAUAAACUCGUGGAAGACACCUACUCCCCAGUGAUGGUGACCAAGGCCGUGAAGAACAGCAAGGAACAGGCCCUCCUCAAGGACACCCACGUGCGGGACGCUGUGGCUGUGAUCCGGUACUUAGUAUGGUUGGAGAAGAAUGUGCCCCAAGGCACGGUGGACGAGUUCUCGGGUGCAGAGUUCCUGGAGAAGUUACGAGGAGAAGAAGACUACUUUUCAGGAUCCAGUUUUGAAACUAUCUCCGCCAGCGGCCUGAACGCUGCCCUGGCGCACUACAGCCCGUCCGCGGAGGUGCAUCGCAAGCUGUCCACAGAUGAGAUGUACCUGGUGGAUUCUGGGGGGCAAUACUGGGACGGGACCACAGACAUCACUAGGACAGUCCACUGGGGCACGCCUUCAGCGUUCCAGAAGGAGACAUACACCCGAGUGUUGAUGGGAAAUAUCGAUCUGUCCAGACUCGUCUUUCCCGCUUCUACAUCAGGACGAGUGGUGGAAGCUUUUGCACGCAAAGCCUUGUGGGAUGUUGGGCUCAAUUAUGGACACGGGACAGGCCAUGGUAUUGGCAACUUCCUGUGUGUGCAUGAGUGGCCAGUGGGAUUCCAGUCCAACAACAUUGCCAUGGCCAAGGGCAUGUUCACUUCCAUUGAACCUGGUUACUAUCAGGAUGGAGAGUUUGGGAUCCGUAUUGAAGAUGUGGCUCUCGUAGUAGAAGCACAGACCAAGUACCCAGGGACCUACCUGACCUUCGAAGUAGUGACUUUGGUGCCCUACGACCGGAAUCUCAUCGAUGUCAACCUGCUGUCCCCUGAGCAGCUCCAGUACGUGAACCGUUACUACCAGACCAUCCGCAAUAAAGUGGGCCCAGAGCUGCUGCGGCGCCAGCUGCAGGACGAAUAUGAGUGGCUACAGCGCCACACUGAGCCCCUGGCUGCCAGAGCCCCACAUACCUCCUCCGUGGCCUACAUGGUGGCAGCCUGUACUGUCACCAUCCUGAGCUGGAACAGCUAGAGACACUGGCUCCCUGGCUGACCCUGCACCUUCUAGGGGAUGUUGGGUGGGGGGACUCACCUCCCCUUAGCCUCCUCCACAUGUACCCCACCCCCACCCCGAGAACACUCCUGCUGGCCCAUCACCUGGAAAACCAUUGCCCCCAGCUGCCUGCCACCAGGGUCUCUGGUCCCUAGGCAACACUCCUCAUCCCAGGGCUAUAAAGCUCACUCUGGGCUCCCAACCCCAGGCUGCAUCCUGGUGCUAUCUUCUCUAGGGUCUUCUUGCCACUGAAAUAAAAGAGCCACAGGGCUGGCAAUGUUCCCCCACCCCCACCACCACCACUGGCUCCUAACUUCCCACAUCCUUGAGACUGCCUCUGGACACCAGCAUGUGCCUCCAACCUUACUAUAGCCUCCUGGCUCUAGCGUACAGGAAAGAAGGACUG